AUGUCAGGGUGGAACAAAAGCAGCUCCAAUGUGUCCUACAGCAGCUUCCUCCUGAUCGGCUUUCCUGGGGUGCAGGAGUCUCGCGUGUUCCUGGUGCUGCCUUUCCCCAGUCUCUACCUGGUGAUUGUUUCUGCCAACGCCCUGGUCAUCCACACAGUGUUGGUCCACAGGAGCCUGCACCAGCCCAUGUACCUGCCCAUUGCUCUGCUCAACAUCUGCACCGCCACCACUGUGAUCCCCGCCAUGCUCUUCAACUUCUCCCCCCACUUCAACCGCAUCUCCCUGGCUCGAUGGCUGGUCCAGAUGUUCUGCAUCUACUUCCUCAUUGUCUUUGACUGCAACAUCCUCCUUGUCAUGGCCCUGGAUCGCUUUGUCACCAUCUGCUACCCACUCCGCUACCCAGAGAUAGUGACCGGCCCAUUGCUGACUGGCCUGCUGGGGUGGAGCAUCGUUGCUCCAGAGGUUGGGCUGGCCUCCCAGGUUCACUUCUGCCGCUCAGAUGUGAUCCACCACUUUGCCUGUGAGCACAUAGCCCUCAUGAAGCUCUCCUGUGGGGACAUCUCCCUGAACAAGACUGUGGGGCUCGUUCUCCGCAUCUUCAACAGAGUCUUGGACAUGCUGCUACUUGGAGCCUCCUAUUCCCGUAUUAUCCAAGCUGCCUUUCAAAUUUCAUCAGGCGGAGCCUGUUUCAAGGCCCUGAACACCUGUGUCCACCUGCUGGUCAUCUUCACUGUCUACACCUCCACCAUGUCCUCACCCAUUGUCUACCGUGUGGCCCGCAGUGCCUCCCAGGAUGAGCACAACCUGCUCAGUGCCUUCUACCUGCUACUCCCUUGUCUUGUCAAUCCUGUCAUCUACGGGGCCAGGACCAAGGAAAUCAGGCAGCACCUGGCUACUCUGUUCCAAAGGGCACAGCCACAGGUCCCCAGUGAAAAGCCUCAGUCCCUGCCCACCCAUAGGGAGCUUCCUGCCUGA